CUUUAUUUUGAAAGUAGAUUGAAAAAAGGAAAAGGAAAGUUUAACAGCGACUUUUAUAAAAAUUAUGUCUCAGAUAUUGGUCACUCUCAUGUUGUCACAGCUACAAAUAAGUUUUUCCCAGAACCUUUACAUACGAAAGGGCGAUGAUAAAUGUGCAUUCGGGGCAUUGGAAGAAUCCCUGCAUUCAUUAAAAACGUAUUUAAACUCCGAAUUAAAAGACUUGGAACAGAAAGUGAAAAGGGAAAACAUACAGAGAUUCCAAAAUCUUCAAACACAGAUAAACAAUUUAAAAAAUUGUCCGAAAGGAUGGGUCAAGCAUAGUAAUUCAUGCUACAUGCUAAACACACAAAAGUCAACAUGGGAACAGGCAAAUGUUAAAUGCCAUGAAUUGUCAGCAAAGUUGGUUGAAAUAAGUACAAAGCCCGAGAACAUCUUUGUAUCAAAUACCAUAAAAAAUGAAGACGCUAACGGCCGUGCUUGGUUGGGAGGUACAGACAAAACGGAGGAAAACACCUGGGUUUGGAACGACUCUGGGUUACCAUUAAAUUUCACAAACUGGUACAAGGGAGAACCAAAUGAUCACAAAGGAAAUGAGGACUGCAUGGAAAUACAAUCACAAAAUGGAAUGUGGAAUGAUAUGCCUUGCUCAUUUUCAUUGAUGUUUGUUUGUGAAAGAGACAUUUAAUGCAGAAGAGGUCUUAUUUGAAAAAGAGAUCACUUUACAUUUCAGAAUAUUUUAUGAAAUGAAAUAAAUGUGUCGAUGUUUAUUUUAUGCAUAAAGAAUAUACAUUCAUGUAA